AUGGAUCGUGCCAUUGAAGUCCUUGGCAGAUGGAAGGCGAACAAUUUCCACCACCAUGUUGGCCCCGGAGCACAUCUAACACAUUAUCCAGUCGCCAACCACACCGCCCUUAACGUUGUCGUCUUUCUUUCUGAUCCCAGCCCCUGGCCUGACGCUAGGACAAUGGUUGCCAAGGGCACACGUCUUGAAGUAGAAAAGGCGCUGCAAGGAUGGCAUCCCACUGUUCUCGGCGUCGUUAGUCUUCUGCCCGACGAGCUUUCCAAAUGGGCGCUUUUUGACCAGGGAGAAUAUCCGCUGCCAUGCUACAAUAAAGGAAGCGUGUGUCUGGCUGGCGAUGCUGCUCAUGCAAGUAGUCCGCAUCACGGAGCUGGUGCAUGCCUUGGCGUAAGUACCCUAUCUCCCAUCUGCCCAACUACCGCGAGGUGGGCCAAUCUGGUCGCUGAAUCAAUGUGCCAACUAUAG